AUGCCCAAACUGUCCCAGCAGGCUCCUCUUGUCUCCAGCGGCAGUGGAGUGAUAGCUUCACAGACUUUUGCCGACUUGAUUCGGGCCGCGUUACGGGAUAUCCUUUUACAUCGUCUCGACUUGCCGGCACUGGUGGGCCAUCUGACUGGUAUUUUCGGCUUAUCCUCCAACGAAUCCUUUGUAAUAACUCCCGUCUCAACAAACGUAGCCACAGGCCUGGUUGCUGCCACGGCCAAAGCUGUAGGAAAAACGGGCAGUGUGGAUAAUGAAAUAAUGGAAGCUGUCGCACUUGCAGGAAGUCGAGGAACUUCAGCCAGAACACACGACUCAAAAAUUGCCAUAAUUGGCAUGUCGGGGAGAUUUCCAGAGGCAGCAGACCUAGAUUCCUUUUGGAGUCUUCUCGUGCAAGGAGUAGACGCUUAUCGGCCAGUUGCUCCUGAUCGAUUUGACGCUCACGCACACUAUGACGAAACCGGACGCCGCAAAAACACGAGUAAAGUAUUGGGUGGGUGUUGGAUAAACCAGCCUGGCCUCUUUGACCCCAAGUUUUUCAGCAUAUCGCCCAAGGAGGCCGAGCAGUCGGAUCCCGCGCAGCGAUUAGCUCUGCAGACUGCUUAUGAGGCGCUGGAAAUGGCCGGUAUGGUUCCGGACAGGACACAGUCCACUCAACGCGAGAGAGUGGGAGUUUUCUACGGCAUGUUUACCCAAGGGGGCAUUCGUGCGUUUACUCCAGGCCGUAUAAACUAUCACUUCAAGUUCAGCGGACCUAGCAUAACUGUCGACACGGCUUGCUCAUCCAGUCUGGCUGCUAUCCACGUAGCAUGCAAUUCUCUGUGGAGAGGUGACUGUGAUACGGCGGUUGCAGGCGGAGUGAAUGUUCUUACCAACCCGGACAUUUUUGCUGGUUUGGAUCGCGGACACUUUUUGUCGACAACCGGCAACUGCAAGACAUUUGAUGACGAUGCAGAUGGAUAUUGCAGGGCCGACGGCGUCGGAACUGUAAUUCUCAAGCGGCUCGAGGACGCCAUCAUGGACAAGGACCCGAUCCUCGCUGUUCUCAACAGCGCCUACACAAAUCACUCUGCGGAGGCAGUCUCCAUUACUAGGCCUCACGCUGGAGCCCAAGAACUCAUCUUCUCCAAGUUGCUCAGGGAAACCGGCAUCCAUCCCCAUGAUGUUAGCUACAUUGAAAUGCACGGGACAGGCACUCAGGCGGGUGAUGCUACUGAGAUGAGUUCUGUCCUGCGCACAUUCGCCCCUGAUACUGGCCGCUUGUCAAAUCAAACUUUGCAUCUUGGCUCAGCCAAAUCCAAUGUUGGACAUGGUGAAUCCGCUUCUGGUGUCACGUCACUUAUCAAAGUUUUAUUGAUGAUGAAGCAUAACACCAUUCCUCCUCACUGCGGGAUCAAGGGCAGAAUUAAUCAUCGAUUCCCAACAGACCUCCGCGAACGCAACGUCUUUAUCGCCUCGCAGCCGGUUGCGUGGGAUAAGCCUCACUCAGGCUCCGGUAAACGACGCGUGUUUAUUAACAACUUUUCUGCUGCGGGAGGAAACUCCGCUCUGUUGCUGGAAGACGCUCCUACCAGACAGCACCCUGAGACCAAAGAUCCGAGAUCAACUCACAUCGUUGCUGUGUCGGCAAAGUCCUCGACCGCGCUAGUGAAUAACUUGAAAAGGUUGAAGGUUUUUGUGCAAGAUAAUAUACACAACUUGGAUUUACUCGCCAAACUGUCCUACACAACCACGGCACGGAGGAUACACUACCCGUUCCGAGCUGCAAUCACCGCUUCGUCUAGUGACCAAUUGCUCCAAGGCAUCGAGUCUAUUCUGCUUCGUGACGAGUCGACUAAACCAGCCACAAGUCAGAAGAAUAUAGGCUUCGUCUUUUCAGGACAGGGAGCACAGUACGCCGGCAUGGGCCGGCAUCUAUUUCAGAACAAUGAGACGUUCCGGACCCAAGUCUUGGCAUGCAAUCAGAUUUGUCUCAGCCAGGGAUUUCCGUCUAUAUUAGACAUAUUCAAUCAAGGCGUGGAAAUGAACAAUCUCGAACCGCUCGUUGUCCAGCUCGGCACAACUUGCCUGCAAAUGAGCCUGGUGUCAUUUUGGAAAUCCCUCGGUGUUACGCCAGACUUUUGCAUUGGGCACAGCCUGGGUGAAUAUGCCGCGUUGCAAGCUGCAGGAGUUCUCUCCGUCAGCGACACAAUCUAUCUGACCGGCAUCAGAGCACGGCUACUUCAGAAGAAAUGCAGUGCUGGGAGCCACGCGAUGCUUGCGGUCAGGGCACCUCUGGCACAGGUCCAUGGGUUCUUCAACCCUAGCAUCCACGAGGUGACUUGCCUAAACAGCCCUCAUGAUGUCGCUAUAGGUGGCCUAGUUGCAGACAUCGAAGAUCUUGAAAGGGAGCUUGCUGAAAAUAACAUUGAGGCGGUGAAGGUCAGUGUGCCAUUUGCCUUCCACUCGACGCAAGUAGAACCAAUACUUGAUGAAUUUUGCGCAGCCGCGGAAAGCGUACAGUUCCAAACACAGCGUAUACCAGUAAUAUCUACGCUGUUGGGUGAGGUCGUUCUACCAGAAGCUAAGGCUGUUUUCGGACCGGAAUACCUCAAGAGGCACUGUAGGGAACCUGUCAACUUCACAGCUGCCGCCCAAGCUGGAAAGGACGCCAAUAUCAUAAACUCUGCGUCAGUCUUCAUAGAGAUUGGACCUCACACAGUGUGCUCGGCUCUUUUGAAAUCCAAUAUCGGUCCCAACGCAGUGACCUUGCCGUCACUACAUCGCAAGGACGAUGGUUGGAAGGUAUUGGCUGACACGCUUGCUGGGCUAUAUCACUCUGGGUUGAGGAUCAACUGGGAUGAGUUCCACCGGGACUUUGAGUCCUGCCAAGAGGUCCUUCAACUUCCGAGUUACUGCUGGGACAACAAGAACUAUUGGAUCCAGUAUGUUCAUAACUGGACUUUGACAAAGGGUGAUCCGCCAGCGACCACGGCCCAAACUCCUGCGCUCGAGCUCCCGGAAAAUUCCACGAGUUCUGUCCAGAAAGUCAUUCAGCAGACAGAUGGCCCUGGGCCUUUUGUUACCAUUGUGGUGCAAUCUGACUUUGGGAGUCCUCGGCUAGCGGAAGUCGCUGAAGGACAUAAGGUCAAUGGGGAGAUGCUCUGCACUUCGUCCUUGUAUGCUGAAAUUGGAAUGACUCUGGGGCGUCAGUUACUCGAAAAAUAUAGGCCCGAUCUCCAAGGGUACAGCACGGAAAUCGAGGACAUGUCCGUCGACAAGCCGCUUAUUCUCAAAGAGAAGAACAAAGAAACUCUCUUCAGAGCAGAGGUUGUUCAUGACAAAAGCACCCUGACGGCAGCCAUGUCUAUUUAUUCUGUUGACAGUGCCGGGAAGAAGACUGUGGAUCACGCCCACUGCAUUCUCCGUUUCGCAGAUCCAAAGUCAUGGCUCGACGAGUGGGAGCGCACCUACUAUUCGAUUGAAAGAAGCGUCCGCUGGCUUGAAGCGAGAGUGGAGCAGGGAACCGACAGCCUCCUUUCCAAAGGCAUCGUAUACAAGCUCUUCUCUUCGCUCGUUGACUACAGCCCCUCGUUUAAAGGCCUGCAGGAAGUCAUUCUCAAUAGCAGCGACAGAGAAGCCACGGCCAAGGUGAGGCUCCAGGCAGAAAAGGAAGACUUUGACUAUAAUCCAAUGUGGAUUGAUAGUUUUGGCCAACUGACGGGCUUCCUCAUGAAUGGUCAUGAUUUCACGGAGAAAGACCAAGUGUUUAUCAACCACGGUUGGAGGUCAAUGCGAUGUGCGAAGCAGUUCCGAAAGGACGCCGUUUACCGAACGUACAUCUGCAUGCAAAACGUGGACAAGACCAAGUACUGCGGAGAUCUCUACAUAAUAGAAGACGGAGUUAUAAUUGCAGUGUUUGGGGGAAUGACUGUACUGCCUCCCAGACGGGGUGCAGAUGCAAUCCACACGCCUAAUCCUGUGGCUGCUGCUCCAGCAGGGUUGGUUGCGUCUACAAAAGCUCAUGUGCGACGUCCGUUGGAUAUUCCAACUCGGGCCCAGCGUCAAGCUAGCUCCCCCCAGAGUGGUGCGAUACAUAGAAUCCUGGUCAUUUUAGCUGAGGAGGUUGGACUUUCUUUGGAGACCUUGACAGAUGAUUUGGUCUUUGCCGACUACGGUGUGGACUCUCUUCUUUCCCUUACUAUUACGGGUCGAAUACGAGAGGAACUUGACCUGGACGUGGACUCGUCCACGUUCACCAAUUGCAGCACCCUGGGGGAGCUUAGACUGUUCCUCGCGGCGGACCAGAAGUUAGACGAUGCCGUGGCUUGCGAGUCCAGCAAUGGACAGCAUACACCCCAAACCAGCGAUAAAGGGUCUGGUACACUAACCGCCCAAAAGCCUGACCAUGACACCGAUUCAGAGAUGACUCUAAAUAGAGUAUGCGCCAUUAUAGCCGAAGAGGUUGGAAUAUCGGUUGAAGAACUUUCAAGUAGCCAGGACUUUCAGGAGCUUGGAAUAGACUCUCUGUCAGCGCUUACCAUCCUGAGCCGCGUCCGGGAAGAACUGCAGCUCGAUCUCGAAUCAGACUUCUUUGACACUCAUCCCUCUUUCUACUCUCUCCAAAAGACUUUAAGAGGAACAGAAGGGGCUUCGAAUAGAACGCUGGAGCCCAAUGGGGCGAUUCCAUCUCGCCAUGAUCUCAAGUCGGAUCUGGGCAACAUUGAGUGGCAGUCGGGCCAGAAUAUCGUCGCUUCAGCACCGCAUGCGACGUCUAUACUGGUCAGCGGCUCUCCAUCUACGGCUAGAAUGAUAUUAGUUUUAUUCCCCGACGGCUCUGGUUCUGCCGCAUCGUAUGGCGCGUUGGCUCCUAAGAUACGGAAGGACAUUGCUGUGUAUGCCCUCAACUGCCCCUGGCGCACGAAUGGCGAAGAAAUCCUCCGUCUAGGUGUCAGCUUGGACCAGAUGGUCGCCAAGCACCUCAUCGAAGUCCGUCGUAUUCUCGAUAACCAUCAGCAGAGUCGCCUCAAUGGCUCUAUCGACUUGGCCCUCGGCGGUUGGUCAGCCGGAGGCAUUCUCGCUAUCGAGGGAGUGAGACAGCUACGUCAGACCGGCAUCGUGGUACAGAAACUGGUCCUACUGGACGCUCCGAACCCCAUUGGGCUCCAGAAUCCGCCUCCUCGUAUGUUCCACUUUUUGGAUGAGUUGGGGAUUCUUGGAGCCGGCACAGGGAAAGCCCCUACGUGGGUUCUCCAGCAUUUUGAUGCCAUGGUCAACCUUCUCAAGUCGUACAGACCUCGACCCCUGAGUGCAGAAUCUGCGCCCAAGUCUCUCAUUGUGUACGCAAAGGACGGGGUCUGCAAAGACCCUAAAGGGCCACAGAUGGACACAAAACCUGACGAUGCGCGUGAGAUGCUGUGGUUGCUAUAUGAUCGCGUCGACUUCUCGGCCGAGGGCUGGAAGAGCUUAGUUGGGCAGCAGAAUCUGGUUGUGGGCGUGGUCGAGGACGUUAACCACUUCUCUAUGAUGAACCCGGGACCAAAGAUUAUUGAGAUGAGUAACUUGAUUGGCGACUUCUUGCUUGGUCUGAACUAG